AAUGAUGCGUUAGCUUUCGCUGGAAAUCGACAUUGUGUAUAUAAUUCCGAAGCCAAUAUUGAAAAAGUUGCAAAAUUCAGUUAUCCGGGAAGGGAGAGAACAGUAUAUUAAUCAGAGUCUGAGAUAGUUUGGAUUAAGAUUAAAUCGCCUUCGUUUUGUGUGUUUUGCGGACAAUUUUAAAAAAAAUCAGGAUUAAACAUCUUUGUUAGAAGGAAAUAUUUGUACAUUUUUAUUUUUGAAGAAUUUUAUCCAAGGCACUAUGGUGUAAGAAACAGAUUGACGCUAACAUUGGUUACAUGCACCGGAGAGUAUCAUUUUCAUAUAAUCAGAAACAUUACUGAACAUGUCGCUGAACUUCUCCGGCGAUUUAGGUUCUAGUACUACAAACAGUAUGAUCGAUUUUAAGAACUUUUCAGUUUGGAAUGAUAGCUAUCCGGAAAUGCUUGCUGAUGGCGAUAAUCGCACCACUUUUGAUCGGUCGACAAUGUACAAAACCUGGUCCCCACCACCAUUGACCACGGCAGGUUACAUCGUCAUACCAAUCUACAUCUUGAUAUUUUGUGUGGCUGUAAUCGGAAACGUGCUGGUUAUUCUCACCUUAAUCCAGAAUAAACGAAUGCGAACCGUGACCAAUGUCCUUCUUCUGAAUUUGUCCUUAAGUGACCUACUGUUGGCGGUAUUUUGUAUGCCGUUUACUGUGAUUCCCAUGUUGUUGAAGAACUUUAUUUUUGGGGAACCUCUUUGCAUAAUGAUCAGGUAUUUUCAAGGUGUGUCUAUAGCGGUGAGUUGCUUCACUCUGGUGGCCUUGUCCUUGGAGCGAUAUUUUGCCAUUUGUAAACCACUUGAGUCCAGAUCGUGGCAAACUCUCUCACACUCUUACAAGACAAUUAUUGUGUGUUGGAUCUUAGCCCUUUUAGUUAUUAUGCCCGUGCCGAUCUACACAAAAUAUAGCUGGUUCCCUAAAUAUGACAGAGCAAAAUGCCGGGAAAAAUGGCCGAAUCCUGAUUCCGAGAAGGCGUACAGCAUAAUACUGCCGAUCCUGCUUUUGGCGAUUCCGUUGGUCGUCAUGAGCCAGGCCUACGGAAUGAUAAGCAUUACUUUGUGGACUGGGAUCAAGCUUGACGAAAGGAGCGAAAUCGAGGCCAGAAACGGGAAGACGACGGCGAUAGACGAGGAGAAAUCGUCAUUUCUGCGGACAGACGAUACGUCAUCAUCAAAUGGUACUCCCAUUUUCGCCACAAAGAAAUUUGAAAAUUGUGAUACUAUAAGAUUAAAUAAAAAAUCGUGUAAAAUACAUUUGCGCGGAGGAAUACGACAGACAAACGGAGAAAAAAGUAGGGCGUCCAAAAAGCGUGUUAUUAAGAUGUUAUUUGCUUUAGUUUUCGAGUUUUUCUUGUGUUUGACGCCAUUCUUUGUGAUCCAUACUUGGAUAAUAGUUCACCCGAGUAGUGCCCGACAAUACCUGUCUCCAGAGUUCCUUAUGUUUGUCAAUCUCCUGGCAUAUGUGUCAACCUGUUGCAAUCCCGUGACAUAUUGUUUCAUGAACAGGAACUUCAGACAGGGCUUUAAGUCCGUUUUCCGAUGCAUUCACAAGAAGCGGGAAAAGAGCGAUAUAUCAUUCUAUAUCAAUGGCGGUUCCAGUAUAUCGAGAACGCACAUGAGUCGAGUGCCAUCUUACGACAAGAUGCAACAGGAAAUGGGUGACAUGUAAAUUUCAUUAACCGGAAGCCAGUGAAGUAAACUACACCUCUCCGUGACAAUUAUCAGAUGGGAUGAAUGAAACAUAAUGUACUUUAAGUUGAUUCUUGUAUAUUUCUGGAGAUCCAAAUUGUAACGUUACUGACUUUUCAUUCUCUGCGAGAGAUAACUAUCGUGAUUGGUUAUCAAUGAUUUAAGCAGGACCUUCUAGUCUAUUUGUCACCAAUUUUUGUGACAUGAUAACUUUAGUUUUCUUCAUAAAGACUUUAUAUUCAGUUCUUAAUGUAAUAAAUCUUUGGAUUUAUAGGUCACAUGAUGUAAUUUCUAUAUGAACUCCGGAUGAUUAUUAUGACCUUGUUGUUGGGCUUUUGUCAGUUUUCAAGUAAAUUCCGAAAUAUAUGUAUCGCGGUUUAAGAAAAAGUAAUAACAUAUUAUUUCUUAAAGAUAAGUAGCUUGGCUGCUGUGAACCAAACGAUUUUAUGUACUAUUGAAUUAAUCUAAUAUUUAUUGCCUGUAUAUUCGCGGGAUAUUUUCAUUUACUACAUUAACACAGAUUCAGCGACCGGUGUUUGAACACAGUGGGGUGGCUUUAUUCUCCGUCAGCUUCGAGCAUCAGAUAAAGUUGUUUUGUGUUUGACCUGGGAGAAAACCCCCAUCAUAUUCCAUGUAUUUUGUAGUAACUCAAUUAGGGCCAUAAUUGCGCCCUGAAUGAUUUGAAAUUUUUGAGAUAUGUUUAUUAUGUUGUUUUUUGUAGUCAACGCAUUUUGUUUAUUUAUUAGUAACACAUACUUUCGAUAACCAUAAUAAUCAAUAUACAAUUUUCUAAUUUUGACUUAAUUCCCAUGAAAUUAUUUUGGGGUGAGGAGUUUGAAGGUCCGAGUGACCUUCAGUGCUCCCUACAUUUAAAUCUCGGAUACAUGUAUACAUUGUAUACACGAAUGGAUAAAAUAAUACCAUAAAACACUUGUUCAACGAAUUUAAUUAUUAGCUCACCUGAACUUAGCUUCCGCUGCCUGUCCGCAAACUUUCCUCAUUUUUAUCUUCUUCUCGAAAACUGCUGCGCAAAUUUUAACCAUAUUUGGCAAAAAUAAUUCGGAAGUAAAGGAAAUUAAAGUUUGUUCAAAGGAAAGACCAGGAGAUGAUCGAUAAAUAGUCAAUAGAUUAGAACAUUUCUCAGGAACCACCGAAAGAGAAAAGCUAAAAUUGGCAUGAGACCUUCCAUAUACAUGUACAAGUACUAUCAUACUUGUACAUGUAUAUGGAAGGUCUCAUGCCUCUAUCAAGGUAUUUAAGUCUGUUCAAACCAAAUCCCUGGGGCCUUGAUUGUGAAAAUUACAUAGGAAUAUUUGUUCAAACCAAUGUCCCCGUGGCCUUGGUGUUUGAAAAAAUUUACAUAGGAAUAUUUCAAAACGUAUAAGAAUCUUAAGUGAAAACUUUGUAAAAUUAGAGCGCAAACCUCCGAUUGAAGUUUGUUUUUAUUGACACCAUACAUACAUACAUGUACAAAACACACACACACAUACAUACAUACUGGUGUAAUUCUCUUUUACAGAGCCAGAAGGUUACAAUUUGUCAAUUCAAAUACGCAAGCAUAUUCAUGUGGUUCAGAUUCAAGUUUCUUCCCCUCUACCACAAAAGAAUAUUAAUAUUUUACAUGGGAAUAUAAUAUGUAGGAAAUAUAAACCAGAAGUUUACAAAAUCUCGGUGUUUAACGUUUUACAUAGGAACUCCUUUACACUCGUCUGCUUAAGAACCAUAGGACGUAAAAUUUUUAGAACCACAUGGUUGCAGAAAGUAAAAUUCUUAAGAAUCAAAAAGUUACCGGAAGUACAAUUCUUAAGAACCACAUAAAUACAGGAAGUAAAAUUCUUAAGAACUCACAACCAAGCAUAUUCCAAUUGGUUAACCGUCGUAAAUGGCCGAAAUAUUGCCAAAACGGCAAAACACCGUGAUCAAUCAAUCGUGACCAAAAGCAUGCAGGAAGAAAAAUUCGAAUGGCCUCUAUUAAUAGAUUGAAGUUUACGCCAACAUUUAGCCCUGGCCCGGUCAGAAUUGAAGUUUAACAUUAGAAAUAUAUACAAAAGGUAAAUUAUGAUACCUACCCUACCACAACCCCCAUUCAGGGUUGGACAAGUUUUAACUGGGAAAAUACAAUUGCUGAAGUGUAACCAAUGUAGAUAAUAGGCUUCUUGUUAUUGUUUUGAAUUUAUUUAAAGUCAGUUUAUAAAAAUGUAGUUAAGGCCACUUGCUACAAGCAAACUUUUUUCUAAACUGAUGAAAAUGGAUAUUAAAUGUAUGUUUAUAUAAGGAAUUCAUGGCAUAGAAUUAAAAUUUUGUCAACUUUUUUUUUUUUUUUAACAAGGUUUUAAAUGGGAUAAACAAUGUAUCACAAUUUUUAACAUCAUGCAAAAUAAACAAGUUCCUAAUAUGUUGUGGAUUUGAUUUUUUUUUUUCUAAUUACAACAGAAAUAAGUCAAAAAGUAUAUAUCAACCCAAACAUCCAGUUUUUUUGUUCGUAGCACGUGUCCUUAAUGAUUUCCAUUGUUGUUAUAACCAAUACAUGUUUAAUCUAUUAAAUUUGUUUCGAAAUCAGAA